UGUGUAUAGACAGAGGAUGCUGCUGCUGGUGAAUUGGGCUUCAAGAGCUUUGUCUCGGCCAAAUCGAUACCGCCGCUUGUUUCUCCUCGAGUUUUGUUGGAGUUCUCUGUUUUGCUUUCUUGGGUUUCUUUCGGAUGCCCUAUGUUGGUGUGUUUUGCCCUCUUGCGGCAUUCGCUGCCCCUCUUCCUCUUCUUCUCGCACCUUAGAGUUGAAGUUUCACUAGGGUUUCUCUCCCGCAUGAAUUGAUCCCGAGCAAGCUGUCCCCCUUCGUCGUUCGCCAUGGCGGCUCUUGCUCCAUCCUCUCGCAUGCGAUGCAUGUACAUUUUUAACCGCAAUGGCGUCUGUCUGCAUUACCACGUCUGGUGGCGCCCUCACAACACUCUUAGCCACCAGCAGGACCAGAAGCUCAUGUUCGGGCUCCUGUUUUCUCUCAAAUCUUUCACUGCCAAAAUGGAUCCCGUUGGAGGCAACAAGGGCACCCUCGGGAUGCCAAGCCUACCAGGACAAGGGUGUUCGUUUCACAGUUUUCGCACCAAUACCUACAAGCUCAGCUUUAUGGAAUCGCCAUCUGGAAUUAAGUUGAUUUUGAUCACGGAUCCUAGGAUGGGUGAUCUUCGGGAUGCAUUGAAAUUCAUCUACAACAAUAUUUAUGUCGAAUACGUAGUGAAGAAUCCUCUGUACACCCCUGGGCUGCCCUUCACGUGUGAGCUUUUCAACGCAACCUUGGAUCAGUAUGUGAAGACCUUACAGUAGUACAUCUAGGGUUUAUUCCAAUUUACUUGCUUUGAAGAAAACUGAGUAGCUUGUUAUUUGGAGUUUGAACUCGAAAGAUUGCGUACUUGAAUAGCGAUUCGGUGCCUGAACGGAUCAGGUAGAUUGCGCUAAACUGGAUCAGAGUGAAGUCGGCCGACUGACGUUCAGUUACAUUAUCCCCAUAAAGAAGAGAAAGUUUAUGUAGUUCAUGUAGUUCAUGCCAAUCUGCAAGUAAUGCAUAUAAGCGUCAUGCGCACCGAGAAGCUCUUGACGUCUCAGGCUUACAUGAGCUUGUAUUCUACAUGUCCUGUACAGGUGCUUCAGGAUUCUUGGAGAUGGUUAGGGUUCUUCAAUUUUCUGUACAUCAUGUAGUAUUUGGAUUAGGGGUGGUAUAGGGUUCGAGAAAUUGUUAAACCUUAUAAGCAAACUUGUCCAUUGAGUGGUGCGUUGGCAUAGAGCAGAUGUGAAGGAUUAUUCAAAGAGACAUUAUCCUCCUUGUGUGCCCGUCGCCAACUGUUACGCUAUGUCAAUUAUUUACGUUAUAUGACCUAGCUUAAGUGAAGCCAAUUUUCUCACUUAUUUUCUGAACUUUCAA